ACAGCUUCUUACUUCCCUGCAUGUCACAAGCACCCUGGAUCCGCAUCUUGCGCGAACUUGACUCCCGCGGUUGCAGCGUAUGACGCCGCCGACCCGAGGCAGAUUAGCAGUUAGCACUAGAAGCACGCGCUUGUGCGGGCGGAAGAAUAGACGGCUAAACACCACGCCGAACUUCCAUCCAUCUCUUCAUCCACUGCGGACACCAUUGUACCGCGAUUGAGCAAUACUAAGUGGUAUGACCGUCUUGGAUCCAACUGCAAUUUGCUUGGCUUCAGGAUAGCCGUCCCGCCGGGUAAAUAGUAGAGCGGCUGGCGCAUCGUGGGGCAGACUACCCCUCCAUUCAUAAGGGCCCAUGGGGAAGGCCUACGUAUAGCUAUAUAACGUUGCUGCCUUUUUCAAUUCCAAUUCGAAUAUAUCUCAACAUCAACCAGAACUGAAACACAUAAACAAAUACAAACAAUCAUGGCAGACAAAGAACCAAUCGUAACCCACGUCUUCACCGCGGACCCCUCCGCCCACGUCUUCAAUGGCAAGCUCUACGUGUACCCCUCGCACGACCGUGAGACAGACAUCGCCGACAACGACAACGGCGAUCAAUACGACAUGAACGACUACCACGUCUUCAGCAUGGAAGAGGUCGGCGGGCCCGUCACCGACCACGGCGUAGCCCUCAAGCAAGAAGACAUUCCAUGGGUGCAAAAACAACUCUGGGCCCCCGACGCCGCGUCCAAGAACGGGAAAUACUACCUCUUCUUCCCCGCGAGAGACAAGGAGGGUAUUUUCCGCGUUGGUGUUGCGAGCGGCGAUAAGCCUGAGGGGCCGUUUAAGGCUGAGCCGGAGCCGAUUAAGGGGAGUUUCAGUAUCGAUCCUGCGAGUUUCGUGGAUGAAGAUGGGAGUGCGUAUUUGUAUUUUGGUGGUAUCUGGGGCGGACAGCUGCAGUGCUGGAAGACGGGGAAGUUCGUCCGCGAGGACUACGAAACCAUGGAAGCGUCCUCUGGCCCGGCUCUCUGCGCAAAAGUAGCGAAACUCUCCGACGACAUGACAUCCUUCACCUCCGACGUCAAGGACGUCGUCAUCCUCGACGAGGCCGGUCAACCCAUCCAAGCCGCCGACCACGACAGGCGGUUCUUCGAAGCUGCCUGGAUGCACAAGUAUAACGGGAAAUACUACUUCUCGUACUCGACGGGUGACACGCAUUUCCUGUGCUAUGCGAUUGGAGAUAGUCCGCUUGGACCGUUUACAUAUGGCGGGAGGAUCUUAGAGCCGGUGAUUGGGUGGACGACGCAUCACAGUAUUGCGGAGUUCAAGGGGAAGUGGUAUUUGUUUUACCAUGAUAGUAGUUUGAGCAAGGGGGUUAACCAUCUGAGGUGUGUUAAGAUUAGGGAGAUUGUUUAUGAUGAUCAGGGGAAGAUUAAGCUUGCGGAGAGUCAGCCUAAGGUUAUGUAGAGGGUUGCUUGAAUUGUGGCUGGUUGCUAUG